AUGCGUCUCUUAUUGCUAUUUUUAUUAUUAUUGUUUAUACAAUUUUCAUUCGUUACUGGUGGUAAUUUAUCAUCAACUAAAUCCAACUGCUCCUUACUAUUUCAAGUUCAAAGAUAUUACAAAUUAAAUAAAAUUGAAACUAAAUUUCCUAUUGAAUUAGUUGCUAAUUAUAACUUCACAUGUAACGUUGAAAAUCUAACAGCUUCGUAUAAAAUAAUACCUUUAGAAAUUCUUGCUAUUGGCUCUUACAAUGCGUCAGAUGAAUCGUUCGAAUCAAUGAUUCAAUUAAAUACGACACAAUUUUUUCUUAAUAUAAAUCAAUCAUCAACAAUUCAACUAUGUAUUCUAUUUUCAUUUGAUGAAAGUGACAACGAUUAUAGUCAUCGCAUUUGUAGACAAAUUCAAAUUGGAAUAAAUAUCUUACGCAAUUUUUGGAGUUUACCAAUGAAAAUUUUUUACAUUGUGUCAAUAUGUUCGAUAGGUUCUUAUCAUGUUUUAUUUAUUCUAUCAGAAGUAUGGCGAAAAGGUUGGAAGAAACCGACAUCUAAACCUUCAGCUAUAAAACGGUUAUCAAUAAUUGAAACGAAAAAUGACACAUUUGAAAAUGAAAAAGUUUAUGAUGAAGAUGAUUCAGGUGAAGAAGAUGAAUAA